CCAACGACUAGGCCAACUAACCCUGCUUUAGGUCGUUAACUCAAUCCAAUUAUUUUCCUCGUUCCAUUGUUAGCUGGCUAAUCUACAUAUACUCCACUAAUAGCUAUAAUAAACUUGGCCUCCUACAACAGCACAUCCAGCCCAUCAAGUAACAAAAGUCUAUCUAUACAAACAGCCACUACAAAAAAUGCAGUCAACGCUUCCCGGACCAUGUGAGUUCGUCGUGACAUCUCUCCACGGAAGCGCCGCCAUUUCCGACGGCGAAUUUCCCAUCAAUAUCAGCCCUUCCAGCCGAGGUGCCAUAAUUACUGCAAAAGCUGUUGGGAUUGGCAAGAUUCAUUUCGCACUGCCCACGCUACGGUCCCUGGAAGAGGAAACGACUCUCGGUAAACUCACCGGCUAUGCAAUUGCGUCCACAAGACUCGAAGUGCUUGUUUCCCCGCACGGUCAGCCAGCCACAAACAGCCAUUCCAAGAUCAUACAAGUCGAACUCUAUGCAGGGCGAGAUCAAGUCGGGAGCUGGGAGAACUCAGAUGACGAUUGCUUGCCUACCAAUCAAGACGUGAGGCUUGAUGUAGAUGCUGACAUUGUGGGAGCGGGGGAUAAUCCUUUUACUGAUAACCCAAGUGGGCUUUGUGUAACCCUCACAGCAGAGUUUGUGAGCAGCGAGUCUGCGCUACUUGUUUCGUCUGUUGCUUUAGUGCAAACAGUUGGCCCAAGGAAGAAAGUUAAUUAA